AUGGCCAGCAAGAGGAUUGCGUUCAAGGUCCAUGGCACCGUGCAAGGUGUUGGAUUCCGCGAUUUCACCCAGAAAUGUGCCACCAAGGACAAGAUGAGCGGCUGGGUUCGAAACACUACUUGUGGAAGAGUACCAGUACUGGGUCAUGGAACGCUUGCGCUGAUGGAGAAUGAAUACCAGGUCGAGGGAGAAGUACAGGGCCCCGAACCGUCUGUUCAGGAAUUUCUCAAGCAAAUCGACAAAGGACCCCGUCAUGCGCACGUGGUCAAGCUUGAGAAGCGAGAGUUGGAUGUCAAGGAAGGAGACGAUCAAUUUGUAGUGCUGCGGACUGGGGAGUCUACCUUCCAAUCCGGUGUAUGA